AUGCCAUGUGCUAGAGCGGUGAAGCAGUGGGAGAUCAGGCCCACGUCUGCUCUGCGGGGGAUCAGACGCACCAGGGCCCUGAUGUGGCAGAGGAUACGGGGACUGGCCCGGGCUUGCCGGCAUGGUGUGGGGUACCCAGUGAACUACAAUGAUGCCGACCGAGAGGAACAGGAGAUGGUGUGCCUUGAGCCCAUGGGAUCAGAGCGGAUGGAGAUGCGAAAGAGGCAGAUGUCGGUGCAGCAGGAGUCGGCAGCGGGGGGAACGGCACCGGCUCAGCAGGGCCAGCCGGGCCAGGCCAACCCGCGGGGCUCAAAUGCAUGUUGCUUCUGCUGGUGUUGCUGCUGUAGCUGUUCCUGGAAUGAAGACCGGGAUGAUAGGAACCGAAAGGCAUCUUAUGACGUCAAGGAAGGGACCUCAGACUGUGAAGACUGUCCUAAGCCCACGUUGGAGGACGUGCGCUCAUGGGGGCAGUCGUUUGACAAGCUGAUGUGUUGCCCAGGGGGGAGGAACUCCUUUAGACAGUUUCUUCGCACCGAGUUCAGCGAGGAGAACAUGCUCUUCUGGUUAGCCUGCGAGGAGUUCAGCAAAGAGACCAAUAAGAGCGCGAUAGAGGAGAAGGCACGGGUCAUCUACGAGGACUACAUCUCCAUUCUCUCGCCAAAAGAGGUGAGCCUUGACUCCCGUGUGCGCGAGGCGAUCAACAGGAACAUGCAGGAACCCACCUCGCACACGUUCGACGACGCCCAGCUGCAGAUCUACACACUAAUGCAAAGAGACUCCUAUCCCCGCUACAUGAACUCCCCAGCCUACAAAAACCUGCUCAACACUCUGUCAGAGCAGUCCCCCGAAUCUUAG